AAAGAUGAUUUAGAGGAAUUAGAAUCAAAAUUCCUUUAUUACAAUAGAUUUAUUGAAGCAAACGAAUUGUACUGUAGUAAUGGUUUUCCUUAUGAUGAAAUAAAAAAAAAAAUAAAACGUUAUGUUAAUGAUGAUAAAAUUUCUGAAGAGCUUGUUAAUGGUAUAUGUUCUUUCAAUAUUCAAAAAGUAGGGCAAUUUUGUAAUACUUUAUGUGAUUAUUUUUACUACUGGAUAGGAGAUAAAAUAUAUAAUUUAGUGAGUAAUGAAAACGAUUUCACAGAAACUAUUAAUACACUUUAUACAGAAUUAAGUAGAUAUGCGAAAGAAGACAAAUGCAAGUGCAAUUCUAAACAUGAAACUAAUGAAAAUUUUAAGAAGAUUAAAAUAGCUUAUGAUUAUUCUAAUGAUUAUGAAACUAUAAAAGAACAUCUUGAAACUAAUAAUAACAUGUGUGAUGCAGACUAUAAUAAGUAUCUUAAUAAUGCUGUUGAAGCAUAUAAUUCCGUGAGGGAAGAUUGUAAUAAAGAUAUUCAGCCACAGUAUUGUAUUCAACUUACGAGUUUUAUAUCUGAUUUUUUUGAAAACACGUUAUCACCAUUGCAAUGUGAUCUUAGAAAUGUACAUAGAGAAGUCCAACGUAAACAUUCAUCAUCAUCUACGGAAUUCUCCGUAUUAGGCGAUCCUCCUGCUAUUCCUCCACAUGAAGAUAUGCCAGAAGAUGGAGCAAGCAUUUCCGCAACUACAGACACAGUUAUGCCAGAAAUUAAAGAAAGCAUUUCCGUACCUACAGACAAAUAUAUGUCUAAAAUUAUUACGAAUGUUUCUUUUCCUAUAGGAGCUGCAUCCACAAUGUUACUUUUGUAUAAAUUUACUCCAGUAGGAUCAUUUUUUCGAAGAAAUUUAGGAAAGAACAAAGUAAUGGAUCAAACAAUGAACUCUAGCAUGAUAGGUGCAAUAGGAGGAUAUAUUUACAAUAAUGAUCAAACUUAUUUAGGAAGACACAGAUAUAACCUUUCAUACAGCCCUGAAUGA